AUGCUACGUACCACUAGACUAUGGACUACUCGCAUGCCUGCCGUGGGCAGGCUGUUUCUAAGAAACAACUCCAGCAACGCUCUGAACAAGAACAAGCUGCCCUUCUUGUACUCAUCCCAGGGACCACAGGCCGUGAGAUACACAGCUCAGCAUGAAUGGAUAGCUGUGCACCAGGACAAAAUCGCCUUCGUCGGGAUCACGAAGUAUGCUACUGACGCCCUGGGGGACGCGACCUAUGUCGAGCUGCCAGACGUGGGCACCCAGAUCGCCCAGAGCGAAUCGCUAGGGUCCAUUGAGUCUGUCAAAUCAGCCUCGGAGAUCUACCAGCCUGCCGAUGGUACUGUGCAGGAGAUCAACACCCACCUGGAGGAGAACCCGGGCGUGGUCAACGAGGACCCUAUGGGAGACGGCUGGUUGGUUAAGAUGAAGCUGGACGACAACGUCAACGUGGAACAGGUCGAGGGCCUGAUGUCGCUGGAGCAGUAUGAGAAGACACUGGUCCACGACGAUUAA